AUGCAGCGACACUCGACACUUCACCAGCAGAUGGAGGCAGCCAAUGACCUCGCUGCUCUGGCUAAUGUCUCCGACGACGCUCUCGUUACAUGCCUUCGGGAACGAUUCCUCUCUGACACGAUAUACACCCGAAUUGGCUCGUCCGGCCUCGUUGCUCUCAACCCCCACAAAUACGUGCCAUCCAGUGGGGACUCCAUUCUGCACAAGUAUGCCGCCGAAUACCGCGACACCAGCGAAGACAAGCAACCACUGCCCCCUCAUAUAUUUCAGCUUGCCAACAACGCAUACUACCACAUGCGUCGCACUGCCCAGGACCAAUCAAUAAUUUUCAGUGGAGAGACGGGUAGCGGCAAGUCAGAGAACUACCGACUAGCUAUCAAGACAAUCCUCGAGCUCAGUGUUAGCAAUCCUGGCAAGAAGGGUGCCAAGCUUGCAACGCAGGUGCCUGCCGCUGAAUUUGUACUCGAGGCUUUCGCUCAUGCUCGAACGCUAUUCAAUCCUAACGCCUCUCGCGUCGGAAAAUACACCGAGCUCCAGUUCAGUGACCGUGGCCGCCUUCAUGGUGUCAAAACCCUCGACUACCUUCUCGAACGUAAUCGGGUUGCGGGGGCCCCAAAUGGAGAACGAAACUUCCAUAUCUUCUACUACCUUGUUGCUGGGGCAACUCCGGAAGAGCGACAGCAUCUGCACCUUUUCGACAAAACCACGUAUCGUUAUCUUGGUCAGCAUCGUGGAGCUGCUUCUCCCAACGCCCGACCCAAUGACGAUGCAUUGCGGUUUGAACAACUCAAGAUGGCCCUCAAAACCAUCGGCUUCUCGAAGCGGCAUGUAGCCCAAACUUGCCAACUCGUCGCGGCCAUCCUCCACCUUGGCAACCUGGAGUUUACCAUUGACCGUCAUCGAAACGAGGAUGCUGCCGUCGUGCGGAACACGGAUGUCUGCGAGAUCGUUGCUGACUUCUUUGGUAUCCACGCUCACGAGCUCGAGACGUCACUGUCUCUGAAGACCAAACUUGUCAAAAAAGAGUUGUGCACAGUCUUCCUCGAUCCUGACGGUGCUGCAGACAAUCGAGAUGAUCUUGCCAAAAGCCUUUACUCUCUUCUGUUUUCAUGGCUCAACGAACACAUUAAUCAACGUUUGUGCCGCGAGGACUACGUGACUUUCGUGGGUCUCUUCGACAUCCCUGGUCCCCAAAACAUGUCUUCCCGUCCCAACUCUCUCGACCAGUUUUGCAUCAAUUUUGCGAAUGAGAGAGUACAGAACUGGACUCAGCACCGACUCUUCGAAGCUCAUGUUGCAGAAUACACCGCUGAAGGCCUGAUUCCUCGAUGGAUCCCUGCUAGUAUCCCAUACUUUGACAAUGCUGAGUGCAUCCGACUACUGCAGAAUAAACCCGGUGGUCUUAUUCACAUAAUCGAUGAUCAGGCACGUAGAGCACCCAAAAAGACUAAUCACACAAUGGUCGAGGCUUUCCAAAAGCGCUGGGGCAACCACUCGUCUUUCAAAUCUGGUGGUAGUCUCGAUCGCUCGGGUUUCCCUACAUUUACGAUUAAUCACUUCAAUGGGCCAGUCACGUAUAGCGCCGAAAACUUCUUGGAACGUAACACCGAAGGAAUGAACCCCGAUUUCGUCAGCCUUUUACGUGGCACGAUGAACCCCUUCGUCAAAGGCCUGUUCAAUUCCAAGACGAUCAAUCUUCAAGCGCAUCCUCGCAAUGAAGACACUAUCGUGGCGGCGCAACAAAGCGUCAAGCCAAUGCGCGCUCCUUCAACUAGACGGAAGAAUACUGUUCGCAGGGUUGGUGUGGCUACGUCGCCUGGCGCGCCUGAUAUUCCGGAGGAGGAAGACACAGUCGCAGAUCCCAGCUCUUCCGCCAUCGCCGGCGAUUUCCGUGCUUCGCUAGACCUCGUCUUUGCGACUCUCGAGGAAACACAAUCUUGGCACGUCUUCUGCAUCAAUCCUAAUGACUCCCAGCUACCCAAUCAACUCGAAGGUCGUAGUGUCAAGGGUCAAGUUCGAAGUGCCGGCCUCACCCAAAUUGCCCAGCGCAACAAAACGGUGUGGGAGGUUGGGAUGUUGAUCGAGGAGUUUUCUGAGCGUUAUGCCAUUGCAUUGGAAGCAGUGGGCGUUGUCGAAGGGUCGGCGAGGGAACGGGUCGAACAAUCUAGAACCGCGUUCGGUUUAGAUGAGAGGGACAUUGUGUUGGGAAUGCACAAGGUAUACCUCACACAAAUCUCCUUCCACAAGUUGGAGGAUUACCUUCGAUCACGGGACGUUGAAGAGCAGAAACGGAAUCGCAUUCGAGAGGCUGAAAUCGAAGGGGGUCUAGAUCCUCGCGGUGUUUCUUCUGAUCCAUACGCGCCGUACCCUUCCUCGCCUAUGGAUGCGGAUACAAGUCCCUGGGACGGUUAUGGGGAUAACACUUCAAAUCAGGCACUUCCUCUGGUUGCGAACGCGUCACCUUUCCAGCGAGCGGAUCUCUACGAGAGAGACGAAGAUGGAUACGACGAACAAAAAUCCCUUCGAGGUCCUGAUUCGGACUUUGAUGCGCGGAGCCGAUUCACAUCCCAUGUCGACGCGGAAUCCAUGUCCAACUUCGGUAGCGAAAGCUAUGCCCCUUCCAGGAAUAUGUUUGGCGCAGCUGAUGGGAAGGGGGCGCCGCUUCUCGAUAAGGACGCCCUCGCGGGGGAAAUACAAGAAGGAGAGACGACGGAAAUUCUCAAAGAGUCAAGUGCGAGGCGUCGUUGGGUCACUCUCUGCUGGAUCUUAACGUGGUGGAUACCCAAUCCCUGCCUCACAUAUCUGGGUCGCAUGAAACGUAUGGAUGUGAGACAAGCAUGGCGCGAGAAGCUUGCCCUCAAUCUCCUCAUUUGGUUUAUGUGCUUAUGCACUGCUUUCGUCAUCGUCUAUCUCGGCCGCCUAAUCUGCCCAACGGAACACGUAUUCAGUCAAUCGGAACUAGCUUCACACAGCUACACCCUUAACGCGAAUAAUGUGUAUACUUCGGUGCGCGGAGAGGUUUUCGAUCUUAACACUAUCACUUCGCUUCAUACCCGGACUGUUAGUGUGGUGCCGGCCAGGACCAUUCUCAAGACGUAUGGCGGAACCAGCGCAGACAAUAUCUUCCCCGUUCAGGUUAGUGCAUUAUGUAACGGGGUGGACGGCGGCGUCAGCCCUUAUGUGGUGUUCUCGACGACAAACAACACAGAUCAAAAUGCCCAAUACCACGACUUUCGGUUUUUCACAAAUGAUUCACGUCCCGACUGGUACUUCGAAUCUAUGGUACAAAUGCGUUGGAUGGCUCGUCGCGGAUGGAUUGGUUUAACUCCGAAAGAGAUCCGAACCAAGGCCAACAACGGCAGCUCGAUCGGUGUAUACGAUGGCAUUGUUUAUGACCUAACUGGUUAUGUCCAGAAUCCCAGAGGGUUACGAGCUCCCCCAGGCCAAAAUUCUCCUUCCGCCGACACCAACUUCAUGUCGGAUAAGGUCGUCGAUAUCUUCAGACUCAAUGCUGGUGGAGAUGUCACCAAGGACAUAAACAACCUUGUCAACAACGGUGCCUUAAAACCAGAACAACUUGCUCGACAGAAAGUCUGCCUGCGUAACUUGUUUGCCAUCGGCAGGGUCGAUGCGCGACAAUCCGCCAAAUGCAUUUUCUCGACAUACCUCCUCCUUAUCAUCUCCAUUAUUAUGGUUUCCGUCAUAGGGUUCAAGUUCCUUGCUUCCAUCAGUCUCGCAGGUGUAAGGGCACCAGAGGAUCACGACAAAUUCGUCAUUUGUCAGGUUCCGUGCUACACCGAAGGAGAUGCUUCUCUUAGGAAGACGAUUGAUUCGCUUGCACAACUCAAGUACGACGACAAACGCAAACUUCUCGUCGUUAUCUGUGACGGCAUGAUUGUCGGAUCCGGCAACGAUAGGCCCACCCCACGUAUUGUCCUCGACAUCCUUGGUGCUGACCCCAACCUCGAUCCUGAACCUCUUAGCUUCCUCUCCCUCGGCGAGGGUGCAAAGCAGCAUAAUAUGGGCAAGGUUUACUCAGGUCUCUAUGAGUGCAAAGGGCACGUCGUUCCAUACCUUGUUGUUGUGAAAGUGGGCAAGCCGACGGAACGAUCGCGACCCGGCAAUCGUGGUAAACGUGACUCUCAGAUGCUGGUCAUGCAUUUUUUGAACAAGGUUCAUUUCAAUUCCCCAAUGAACCCUCUCGAACUAGAGAUGUAUCAUCAAAUCAAGAAUGUGAUUGGUGUCAAUCCAACGUUCUACGAAUACCUGUUCACCAUUGAUGCUGACACGACCGUGGAUCAGUUUUCCGUCAAUCGCCUUAUUUCUUCGAUGAUCCACGAUAAGAAGCUACUUGGCGUGUGUGGAGAAACGCAGCUGGCUAACGCAAAGCAGUCAAUCAUAACAAUGAUGCAGGUCUACGAAUACUUUAUUUCGCAUAACAUGGCCAAAGCCUUCGAAUCUCUGUUUGGCUCCGUUACCUGUCUUCCUGGAUGUUUUACCUUGUUUCGCCUUCGAACCCCAGACACCCACAAGCCUCUUCUCAUCUCAAAUCAACUUAUUCAAGACUACUCUGAAAAUCGUGUCGACACGCUCCAUAUGAAAAAUUUGCUUCACCUUGGAGAAGAUCGUUACCUUACAACACUCCUUUUGAAACACUUCCCUACAUUCAAGACACAAUUUGUCCGGGAUGCACACGCCUACACGGUUGCGCCAGAUGACUGGAAGAUCCUUCUAUCACAGCGUCGGCGUUGGAUCAAUUCGACAGUGCACAACCUGGGGGAGCUUGUAUUCCUUGAGCAGCUCUGCGGAUUCUGCUGUUUCUCAAUGCGUUUCAUUGUGAUGAUAGAUUUGGUUUCAACCUUGACCCAACCAGUCACAGUCGCAUAUAUUGCCUACCUUGUUUAUUUGGUCGUCGCUGAGCACGAGCAAAUUCAAACCAUAUCUCUGGUCAUGAUUAUUGCGAUAUAUGCCAUUCAAGCCGCUGUCUUCAUCCUUCGACGAAAAUGGGAUAUGAUAGGGUGGAUGUUCUUCUACAUCCUGGCAAUUCCUGUCUUCUCUCUUCUCCUUCCGCUCUACUCUUUUUGGAGAAUGGACGACUUCUCUUGGGGCCAGACACGUGUCGUGUUAGGAGAGUCUGGGAAGAAAAUGAUUGUUCACGAUGAAGGCAAAUUCGAUCCUCGUGUCAUUCCACUCAAGUCAUGGAACGACUACGAAAACGAGUUGUGGGACAAGGAAUCCAAUCACAGCAUUGGUUCAUGGGUUCCACCACCGCGUAUGAAGAAUGACGCCUACGCUGAGUCGCGCACAGCAUCGAUAUACGGCCGCGAAACGACAUAUGAGCCAUCGCAAAUUGGCGGAUAUGCACCAGUGCAUUACCCACCGCCAGGGUAUCAGUCUGGUCGUAACACGCCUCAGUCGAUGUUUAACCCCCUCGCCGAAUCUCGACCCAUGACCAACUAUCUCGAUGUCCCCUUCACGCAAACAAGCAGCCCUGGCGAUUUAGAUUUGCCUGCCAACACUCCAAGUGAAGCGGAAUUGGAACGUGCAGUCCAACAGAUUCUUAGCACGGCCGACCUGAACACGAUCACAAAGCGCGAGAUUCGAAGGCGCUUAGAAGCUCAUUUUGGACAAGACUUGUCGGUACGAAAGGCCACAAUCAACGCGUCGAUCGACCGCAUCCUGCUCAGUCAUGCUUGA